GUGGGGGGUUGGCGAGAGGUGAGUAAGAGAUGACUCAACAACCCUCCACUAUAAGAUGCCCCUGAUGGCGCCUGACAGACAUGUACACAGACACCAGCCAAGAAAUACCAGUUUUUCUACAUUUUGUACAACUACUAAAAACAUGGACUACAGCACCCUGACCCUCCUGAUUUCUCUUUCGCAAGUUUUGUGUGUGGGAACAGCUGCUCCUCUGUCAGUGGAAGUAGUGAAGAUGAAAUUUAAAGUGAAAUGGAUGGCUGAGCAGCUUGUGGUUAAGCUGAACAAAGACUUCCAGGUUCCUGCUGGCCUGACACUUAGUCUGCCUGCUGAUGAUGUGGAUGGACUUUCCUCCAUAGUGAUGAUCUUGGACGGUUAUAACAGUUUGAUCUCGGACACUCUUAACGGGGUCUCCCAGGUGAAGUCUGAAAUAUCUUCGCUAACGGGUUACCUUCAACAGUGGAAGAAGGGGCACUGCAACGAGCAGCGGCCAAAGCCCCUUGUGUCUGGCCCGCUGCAGGAGCUACAGAGUCGAAAGGAAUACAUUCACACCGUCGGCAUCGAGGCUCUGAUGAGAGUGAAGGAAUUCCUCACUCUUCUGCUGAAGAACCUGGAUCAGCUGAAAACUUGCUGAUAAAAUGACUUUGGGGAAAGAUUUGUGAAAUCUACAUCUGUGAUGCUUGAUAUAACAUUCCUCUCUGGCCACAUCAAACUUUUCGUGGAAAUGUAUUCUUGAACAUGCACUUAUUUAUAUACGUAUGUAUUUAUUUAUAUACUAGGAAGUAUGUAUUUUGAAACAAACAUGAUCUUUUUUUUUAUCAUGUUUGAAGCAAAUAUGUAGUUUUUGAUGGAAUGUUUACCGGAUCUAUGUUUUGCACACAAAGAUAAAUCUGCUCAUAUAGAUUUAUUUAAUGAAACCACUGUCUUAUCAACAACUAGCUAUGUUGACCUGUAGAUUGAUUCAUUCAUAAUUAUGAAUCAGCUCUGUCAUGUUAACUGCAGCCAGAGGAAACGUCACAGUGAACAGUGAUGUCACCCCUGGAAAUUCCUGAAAACCAGGUUGAAUUUUGCCAAAAAUAACAGGUGUGUUUGCAUGAGGACAGGAAGUGUAAAGGGCAACUUUUUUCAGUGCAAUAUCAACAACUGUUCAAAAAUGGCUAUUUAUAUCGGUACAUGACUUUUUAUAUAUUUUUGUACAGCCGAUUUUUUUUUA